GUUUUUGGGUAUUCGGCGUUUUGGAAUAAAACACGUGCACGUAGAGUUUUAUUUUUCAAGGUUUUAAAGCAUUUCUUGUUAAAUAAUGACAAAAAUACGAAAAGUGAAACGCAGGAAGAGGUUCCAGGCGAAUGUAAAUCGCAAAAGAUUACGAAAUAAGUUGGAAAAAGUGCCUGCGAUUGGAUGUAAGCAAAUUAAAGAUGCUUGGGAAAAAAAGAAGUCGAUUAGAGGCAAUUUGUUGGAUAUGGGCCUCGCUUAUGAUCCAAAUGAAGCCCUAAAAAUACCAAAUUCGAAACGCGAGGCGUUGGAAAGGGUUGAAAAUGAAGUUAUGGCUACUGUCAAUUUUUCCGAGGAAGAUUUCGAGGCCGAAAUACGUGCCCCCAAAGGUCACGUGGCUGAGAAUUUGGAAAAAGACGCGAGGGCUCCUCGAGAAAGGAUGUUUAAAUUGCCAAAAACUCAAGUUCUCUUUGUCACGUCCAUGAUGGACAAAUAUGGAGACGAUUACAAGGCAAUGGCGAGGGACAAAAAAAAUUACUAUCAAAUGACUUGGCGUCAAAUUCGUGCAAAAAUAAACACUUUCAAAAAUAUUCCCGAACAGUAUGCCGAGUAUUUAGUUGAGAAAGGAGAAAUAAUAUUGGACGAUCCAACGCCUUUGGAAGAAACAAAAAAACGAAUAGCUUUAGACAAUUAUCAGAAGCAUUCUAUUUCCAAAAAACCGAAAAAAGUUGCAAAAAUUUCCGUAGGAUGGGAGGAAGAAGCAAUCGAUUCCACAGAAAAAUCAACCGAAAUUACUUCUCCCGAAGAGAAAAAAGAAGACGAGAGUUAUCCGGAAGCCAAGGAAAAAUUGAAGCUUUUCGUAGAAGAAAUUGAGAAUGAAUCAAAAAUUAAUAAAUCUUCCAAGAAGAAAGAAGGCGUCGAAACUGUAAAUGAAGCGUCGAAUGGAAUUCUUCAAUUAAAGACAAAAAAGAGACCAAACGAAAAGAAAGCGGUUGAGAAUAUUAAUUUAGAUCCUAAAAAGGGGAAAAUUUUGGAAAAAGGGAAGCCGGAUGAUAAGAAAAAUAGUAAAGGAGCCAAAAGACUUAAAAAUUUGGCGUCAAGUGACAGUGAAAGCGAAGAAGAACUCGAGGGAGACGAAAAUCCGGCUGGAUUUGUAAAUUUGAGCGAUUUGAGUAGCGAGGAAUUAUCCGAGGAUGAUAUUCUUGAUGAUGGCGAACUAGGCUCGGAUUCGGAAGAAAGCGACUGAAUUUUCGAGGGUGUAGGGUCCAUUUACCAAUCUGUAAACUGCAAAACCAUGAGUUGGCGCAGGAGGUACAACAUAGGAAUUCCCUUCUACAUUGGAUGCUAUUGCCUGAUUCAUCAGGGAAGUUUUCCCUGCUCCUUCUAGCCCCAGAAGAAGAACUCUUCUCUCGUUGGUGUCAUCGAUCU